GAGGAGCCCAAUGCCUUUCAUGAUGAGCCCCCUAGCGGCGGGGACUAUGGUGCAGGGGAUAUCACUGACUUGGCCGAGUACAAUCGAGUAUUUAAACCUCGACGAACUAUUGAACGCAGUCCCUCUAAAGGCCGAAAGCUGCAUCUCGACCCUGAGUCUCCAUUUUCGCCUCCGUCUGUUGCAACUACUCCCGUUCCAGUCCCUUCGCAUCUCUACGAUUCCCACCAGUCCGCUACUUCCUCGAUUACAUCAGCCCCUCUCCAACCACCUGUUGCAGAGAAGAGUCACUCAACUACUCAUGUAUCUCGCCCUCCUUCCUCAUCACCCCCAGACUCUCCUUCGUCAAAGGCCCUUCAUAAGCCCUCGGCAUAUUAUAAUCAAAGACAUCCGCUAGUUCAAGUUGAAGCUCAGGGCAAGUGCCAACCUUUCUGA